AGCCCAAAUAAAGCGGGAAAACCGACCCGCCAGGAUCAGGAGAAAUGGGGGCUAUUAACUAUUCGAUUGUUUAAAAAAAAAAUCGUUAGAUAGCGGUGACUUGACCGAUUCGCACCCUGUAGUACCGGUUUGAUUGAUUCACCGACUCCGAGAAAUGGCAACGACGAGCUCAGUAGGAGUCGGAGGAGGCGGCGAUUCCGGUGGGGCUCCGAAGAUAGCUUGGAACGAGGCUCAGAGAAGGUUCGAGACGGAGGACAAGAAGGCGUACUUGCAGUACGCUCUAAGGGACGAUGGCAAAGUGAUGGACUUGGUCCACACCUAUGUCCCGCCCUCCAAGAGAGGCCUGGGCUUGGCUUCUCACCUCUGCGUCGCUGCCUUCGACCACGCCAAAUCCCAUUCCCUCUCCGUAAUCCCCACCUGCUCUUAUAUCUCCGACACUUUUCUUCCGAAGAACCCUUCAUGGAAUUCUCUCCUUUAUUCGGAAGAUAUCAAAUCGAAUAUAUAACCACUUAAAUUGUCAAAUGCUUUACCACUUGGAUUUCUUUGCAGUUGUAAGGGAUUUCCCGAGAAUUAUCUUCUCAGAAACAAUAAUAUGUUCAAGAAUAAGUUGUUGGAGUAAAAUUUCGU